AUGGCACCCAUUGCUGUUUCCCCGAAUUCCUCACCGGAACCUGCAGUCUCUCUUGCCUCCAGACACUCCCUCUCUUCCGUAACAACCUCUUACGAUGAUACCCUUCGUUUCUAUUUGAAUGGCACACGAGUUGUCCUCGAUAAUAUGGAUCCAGAGAUCACUCUUCUUGAAUAUCUCCGUGGCAUUGGCCUCACGGGCACGAAGCUAGGAUGUGCAGAAGGAGGAUGUGGAGCCUGCACAGUUGUUGUUUCACAAUACAAUCCAACCACCAAGAAGAUAUAUCACGCAAGUGUGAACGCAUGCUUAGCGCCACUGGUCAGUGUUGACGGAAAGCAUGUUAUAACAAUAGAAGGGAUCGGAAAUACAAAGAGGCCGCAUGCUACGCAAGAGAGAAUUGCGAAAGGAAAUGGUAGUCAGUGUGGUUUCUGCACCCCAGGCAUAGUUAUGAGCUUGUAUGCACUUUUGCGGAAUGAUUCAAACCCUUCGGAACAUGAUGUAGAAGAAGCGUUCGAUGGAAACCUUUGUAGGUGUACAGGAUAUCGUCCAAUUCUGGAUGCAGCCCAAACUUUCAGUUCUGGGGCUGCAUGUGGAAAAUCUAAAAGCAAUGGUGGAGGUGGAUGUUGCAUGGAUAAUGGCGGAGGUAGUGGUGGAUGCUGUAAGAACGAAUUGAAGGAUGAUCAACCCAUCAAACGUUUCACACCUCCUGGAUUUAUCGAAUACAACCCGGAUACUGAGCUCAUAUUUCCCCCACCACUUAUGAGGCAUGAAUUCAAACCUCUAGCUUUUGGCAAUAAGAAGAAGAAGUGGUAUCGUCCUGUGACUAUGGAACAGCUAUUAGAGAUAAAGAGCGUAUACCCAUCGGCAAAAAUUAUCGGCGGAAGUACAGAAACGCAAAUCGAGAUCAAAUUCAAGGCUAUGCAAUACACAGCCUCGGUUUUCGUCGGGGAUAUUCCUGAAUUAAGACAAUUUUCAUUCAAGGAUGACCAUUUAGAGAUCGGUGGUAAUGUCAUCCUCACGGAUUUGGAGUCGAUUGUCCAACAAGCAGAGAAACAUUACGGACCCGAAAAGGGCCAAGUUUUCAAAGCAAUCCAUAAACAGUUGAAAUAUUUCGCAGGCCGACAGAUUAGAAAUGUCGGUACCCCAGCAGGAAAUCUAGCUACUGCUUCUCCUAUCUCCGAUCUCAACCCUGUCUUUGUUGCAUCGAAUGCUAUUCUAGUCGCAAGAUCUGUAGAUAAGGAGACAGAAAUCCCCAUGUCUGAAUUCUUCAAAGGUUACAGAUUGACCGCACUCGCCCCUGAUGCAAUCAUUGCUAGCAUUCGUAUCCCCGUGACUCAAAAGGGAGAAUACUUAAGAGCAUACAAGCAGUCGAAACGUAAGGAUGAUGAUAUUGCCAUCGUCAAUGCAGCUCUUAGGGUUGCUAUUGACGAGUCGCAUAUUGUAACUAGUGCAAGUCUAGUAUACGGAGGAAUGGCUCCAACCACAAUCGCUGCUAGAAAGACCGGUGCUUAUUUGUUAGGCAAAAAGUUUUCAGAUCCCGCAACUUUAGAAGGAACCAUGAAUGCUUUGGAAGAGGACUUCAAUCUUAGUUUUAGCGUUCCCGGAGGAAUGGCGACUUACCGCAAAUCACUUGCAUUCGGCUUUUUCUAUCGCUUCUAUCAUGAAAUUUUAUCUAGCUUCGAGAUCAAGGACUUGGAAGUAGAUGCACAAGUUGUACCAGAGAUUGAACGUAUAAUAUCUUUCGGCAAAGAAGAUAGAGAAGCCACUGUUGCCUACCAACAGAAUGUUCUCGGGAAAGCAAGUCCACAUGUAGCUGCCCUCAAGCAAACAUGCGGAGAAGCACAAUAUACCGACGACAUCCCAGUCCAGAAGAAUGAGUUAUAUGGAUGCUUAGUUUUGUCAUCGAAGGCACAUGCUAAUAUCUUGAGCGUCAAUUCUGCUCCUGCACUGGAUCUACCAGGUGUAGUUCAAUAUGUUGAUCAUAAAGAUAUGCCAAGUCCAGAAGCCAACUUCUGGGGAGCACCAGUUUGUGACGAACCAUUCUUUGCUGUCGAUGAAGUAUUUACAACAGGCCAACCGAUUGGUAUAGUUCUUGCUGAUAGCGCAGCACAUGCAAGUGCAGGAGCUCGAGCUGUUAAAAUCGAGUAUGAAGAGUUACCAGCAAUUUUCACAAUGGAAGAAGCCAUCGAAAAGGAAAGUUUCUUCGAUCAUUACAGGUUUAUAAAGAAAGGAGAACCAGAAAAGGCAUUCGAAGAGGCGGAUCAUGUCUUUACUGGUGUUUCUAGAAUGGGUGGACAAGAGCACUUCUACCUGGAAACUAAUGCUUGUGUGGCAAUACCUAAAAUCGAGGACGGGGAAAUGGAAAUCUGGUCUGGGACUCAAAAUCCAACCGAAACUCAAACUUAUGUGGCGCAAGUUUGUGACGUUGCUGCAAACAAAGUCGUGAGUAAGGUCAAGAGACUUGGAGGUGGUUUCGGUGGAAAAGAGACGCGUUCCAUACAAUUAUGUGGUAUUGUAGCUCUUGCAGCCAAAAAGACUGGUAAACCAGUCCGUUGCAUGCUCAAUCGUGAUGAAGAUAUGAUGACAUCUGGUCAAAGACAUCCUUUCUUAUCUAGGUGGAAAGUUGCCAUCAAUAAAGACGGCAAAAUUCAAGCACUUGAUUUGGACAUGUUCUGCAAUGGAGGGUGGACGCAAGAUCUUUCUGGUGCUGUAUUGGAUCGAUCAUUAUCACAUUCUGAUAAUUGUUACAUGAUCCCCAAUAUUCAUGUCCGAGGUCGUGUUUGCAAGACAAAUACUAUGUCAAAUACUGCAUUCCGAGGAUUCGGUGGACCUCAAGGUUUAUAUAUGGCGGAAUCAUAUAUCGAAGAAGUGGCAGACCGUCUGGGUAUGCCGGCUGAGAAACUCAGAGAGAUUAAUUUCUACAAGGCAAACGAGCAAACUCAUUUCAACCAAGCUCUUAAGGAUUGGCAUGUGCCAUUGAUGUAUAAGCAGGUCCAGGAAGAAUCGAAUUAUGCAGCAAGGCGAGAGGCAAUCAUCAAAUUUAACGCAGAGCAUAAGUGGAAAAAGAGAGGACUCGCGAUUGUACCUACAAAGUUUGGUAUCUCUUUCACAGCACUAUUCCUCAACCAAGCCGGAGCAUUAGUCCAUAUCUAUCACGAUGGAUCCGUUCUUGUGGCUCACGGUGGUACUGAAAUGGGACAAGGUCUUCAUACGAAAAUGAUGAUGGUUGCUGCCGAAGCACUUGGCGUUCCCUUGGAAAAUGUAUUCAUCUCGGAAACUGCCACUAACACAGUAGCUAACACCUCUUCUACUGCUGCAUCAGCUUCUUCCGAUCUGAAUGGAUAUGCUAUCUUUAAUGCCUGCGCUCAAAUCAAUGAACGACUUGCUCCAUACAGAGAGAAAUUCGGCCCUGAUGCCACAAUGAAACAGCUAGCUCAUGCAGCCUACUUCGACCGUGUCAAUCUUUCCGCAAAUGGAUUUUACAAGACUCCAGAUAUUGGUUAUACAUGGGGACCUAACACCGGACAAAUGUUCUUCUACUUCACCCAAGGAGUUACAGCCUCAGAAGUUGAAAUCGAUACUCUAACUGGUGAUUGGACAUGUCUACGUUCCGAUGUCAAAAUGGAUGUUGGCCGCUCUAUCAAUCCAUCUAUUGAUUAUGGACAGAUUGAAGGUGCUUUUGUACAAGGAAUGGGAUUAUUUACUACGGAGGAAUCCCUCUGGUUCCGUGCUGGACCAAUGGCUGGACAACUUGCUACUCGUGGACCUGGUGCAUACAAAAUCCCUGGAUUUAGAGACAUUCCUCAAGAGUUUAAUGUUUCUCUCCUUAAAGGCGUGGAAUGGGAAGAUCUCAAAACUAUCCAGAGGAGUAGAGGAGUAGGUGAACCGCCACUUUUCAUGGGUAGUGCAGUAUUCUUUGCCAUUAGAGAUGCAUUGAAGGCUGCUAGGAAGGAAUAUGGAGUCGAGGCUGAAAUUGGGGAGGAUUUUAAGGGUGGCGGAUUACUGGUAUUGGAAAGUCCCGCAACACCAGAAAGGAUUAGGGUUAGCUGUGCGGAUCCAAUUUUGAAGAGAGCGGAGGUGAAACCAAGAGAGGGAGAGAAGAGUUUCUUUAUGAGUAUUUAG